CUGUAGCUACCGGAAAGAGGGAGAUAAACAAAGUGACCUCGGGUGGUUAGAAGAAGGUUUGUUGUUAGCCUUUAAUGCUAGGCGGUUAGUCAAACCGGUGGAUGAACGGGUAGAACCGGUACUUGGUUUGGCCGCUAGUCCGUUAGCGUCUUAUGGAACGAGCUGACCGGGGGAGAGACUCCCGUCUAGUGAAGAACCAACCGUACGACGAGAGCCUGGAGGUCCUCGACCCGGAGGAGGUACCGAGCGUCCACAGCCCGACUCAGACCGAGGCCAGGAGGAGGAGGCGUGGCCUGAUGUCGACCAACAGUGACGAGAUUGACGUGGACGGUGCGCCCCAGAGAGCAAACGAGCCGACGGGACGGCAGCCUGUCAGUCCAAAUGAGGAGGAGGAGGAGGAGGACGAAGAUGAAGAAGAGGAUGACUCUGAUGAAGAGGACUCUGACGAUGACGAGGAACCUGGUGAGGCUCCUGAGGGGGUCUACGACCCGGCGGACUACGCCAAUCUGCCAGUCAGCUCCGAGAUCAAAGAGCUGUUCCAGUACAUCACUCGCUACAGCCCUCAGACCGUGGAGCUGGAUCACAGCCUGAAGCCCUUCAUCCCGGACUUCAUCCCAGCCGUGGGCGACAUCGACGCCUUCCUCAAGGUGCCGAGGCCAGAUGGGAAAGCAGACGGUCUGGGUCUCCUGAUUCUGGACGAGCCCAGCGUGAAGCAGUCCGACCCAACGGUGAUGUCACUGUGGAUGUCAGAGGAGAGCAAGCAGCACGGAGCCACUGAGCUGAAGAAGGUGACGAGCGUCCCCAGCCCUCAGACUAACCCUCGUGCGGUGGACAGCUGGGUGAACAGCAUCAGUGCCCUGCACCGCUGCAAGCCCCCGGCCAGCGUGCAGUACGUGCGUUUGAUGCCGGACAUCGACAGCCUGAUGCAGGAGUGGCCCUCGGAGCUAGAGGAGCUGCUGGGACGCCUGCAGCUGCCGCCGGCGCGGCUCCAGUGCAGCACGGCCGAGUACGCUGAGGCCGUGUGCGCCAUGCUGGACAUCCCCGUGUACGGCAGCCGGGUCCAGUCUCUGCACCUCCUGUUCAGCCUGUACCUGGAGUUCAGGGACUCCCAGCACUUCACACGUAGAGAGUAGACAUGUGUAUACACGUGUGUGUAUGUGUAUAUAUAC